AAUCAGUCAAUCAGAGCAUCCAAUUUGAAACGUUACGAAUUUCGCGCCAUAAAAACCAGAAAAAUAAUCCAAGGAUUACGGGAUACGAACUCAAAGCUGAAAUUGGAUUGCCACCCAGACUUUGAUUCAGAUUCAAAUUUAGUUUCAGUUUUAGUUGCAGUUUCGCAAUUCGCAAUUCGGUUUCAAUGUUGGAUUGUUGUGUCGAAUCUUCAGUUGCAUAACUGCUGUAAUAAUCGCUUCGUGUGCUGUGGUGCUUCUUUGGUUCAGUUUGUUGCAGCAGCCGGCAAUGCUCGAUGCAGAUGCAGCAGAUGCGGCCAUCGUAAUCCCAACAACAACAACAACUGCCUGACAAGGAAACUAACAACAACAAAAACAACAACGAAAACGACUGGGAAAAAUUAACCCAAGUGACUGUGAAAGUAUCGAACGGCCAGACAGACCCACAGAUUCAGAUUCAGAUAUUCAAUUACUAGUCUGCUGGUGCAGUGCCGCCACACAAUGAGAAGCCAAAUCAUCGUCCUGACACUCUUGCUGGGUCUCGUCUGCACCCAAGCCUUGGAUGCGGAGGUUAAGAGCAGCCAAGACAGCAGCGGGAGUCGGUCGGUGGCGACGGUGGCGGCGGCGGAGGACAGCAAGAGCUCCGCCUCCACGCCACUGGAAUCGGAGGCGACCAAAGACAAGCGACAGGUGAGCUCCAAGGAGACGCCUCUGUACCCCAACCACCGCAGCUCGGAGGCAUCCGCCACCGGGAGCGAUGACCCCGAGGACGGGCAGGAGACCAUCUACGGCUCCAAGCCGAACCAGUUCAUCAUCCGUCCGAUUGCCCCGCAUCAGCACCAGCAGCACGAAUCCCACCAGGAGCCGCAGCUGAGGAACUUCGCCGCAGCCAAUUCCCGACCACAUGCCGCCCAACUUCUCGAGCAGAGCCAGGAGCACUACGUGUAUCUGCAAGAUAUAAUGCGCCAUCAUAAUCAAGCGAAGGCUUUGGCGGCCGCCUCCGGUCAAGGCAAGGGUGCGGCCAGUGCGCCCAAGAAGUCAUCCGCUCCGGUGGCCGAGGAGGAGCAGGAGCAGGAACAGGAGCAGGAGGCGGAGCAGCGCUAUGCGGUGUCCAUCCAGCCGCAGCCCCAACAGCCACGUCCUCGUCAAUACCAGGGAGUGGGUCCCUAUCAACUGCCCUUGCCACUCCCAGCUCCACAGCAUCAGACGGUUAAUCCCCAGCAGCAGCAGCAACAUCAGCAGCCCUACCAAGUAAUUCCCGAAGAGCAGUUCCUAAAACUCCUGGAGGAGGAGCUGCAGGCGAGGGCCUACCACGAGCAACUCCGCCAGCAGCAACAGCAGCAGCAACACCAACAGCAGCAACACCAACAGCAGCAACAUCGCCAGCAGCAGCAGCAACUUCAGCCGAAAGGUCUGCCAAUUCACAGCACAGCUGCCACCCACAAGGUGCUCCAACAGGCGGAUCCCUCCCUGGGUUUGGGUGGCUACCGAGAGCGCUUUGUGGCCGAGCAGGAGCUGGUGACUCCAUCAGCCUACUCGCAUCCUCGCGGUGGCCCCAAGUACUUGCCCCUGCCGCAGGCACAGCAACUGCAGGAGGACGAGGAGCCGCAGCAGCAACAGCAACCGCAACGCGUGCAGCUCCACAAGCCCGUUCCCCAUUCCGGCCAGCAACUGAUCCAUGGACUGCCACCGCAGAUUGCCUACUACCAGCCGCAGGUGAGCUACAAGACCCUGCCCAAUCACCCGCUGGCCAAAUCCUCGCUGGAAAGUGAGAUCGAGAAGCUGUUGGCGGCCAAUAAACCCGGACAAUCAUUGGCCUACGUGGACAGCAGCAAUGAGCAGCAGGUGGCCCUUAGGCAGCCAGCUCCCCAACACCCUCCACCACCCACUUCUCAUCCGGCUCUGAGGCAACCCAAGGCCUACUUGGCCAGCACACCCAACUCUCUGUUGGAUGCGAACAACCAGCCAUUUGUUCCGUCGCUCUUCAAGUUCAGCAAUUACCAGCAGCCGACGCCGAUUUAUCCCACGCCGGAGGCCAAGCGAUUGGGACCGGUGGUCUAUCCCACGCAGCAGCAGGCGAAUCAGCCGCAACCCUCGCAGUAUUACUACCAGGAGGCCACGCCCACUGGAGCACCCAAGCCGAGUCCCAUUCCCAAGCAGUAUCACCGAUCGAAGCACUAUAAGUUGGCCUCGCCCACGAAAGCUCUCCUCUAUGCGGAUUACCAGGAUCGCCAGGGAUCGCCUUCCCCGCCGCCGCCUUCCAACUUCUACCCGAGUCCACCGGAUCCGAUAAAGCAUUCGCAGAGGAAUCUGGCCGUGACUCCGACUGCUUUGCCGCUCCACGCCGAGUAUCCAUCGCCGUCGCCCUCGCAAUCCAGUAUCUAUGUGUCCCAGGGAACGGGCAUUGCCACCCCAUCCCGCGCCACGCCCACAACGGCUCCCAUUCAGAAGCUGCGGACUCUGGAUGAAGUGAAGCAACUGAACCUGCCCCCACCCAAUGGCAAGCCCCUCACGCAGGCCGAGUUCCAGGCGCUCGUGGACGCCGGAUAUCCGGUGAAGGCUGUUCCCGUGCCCGUUCCCGUUCCGUAUGAGCAGUACGUGAAGGAUCACCCGGAGUACCGCAACCAUCCGCCCGUGGAUUACGCCCACAUCAUGCGUCUGGCCACGCGGCAGUUGGCUGCCCAUCAGGCACACAGAUCCCUGGCCGCUCCCUCGGAGCCGUCGGUUAAGAUUCUGUCCACUCCCUCCGCCGGCGAGCUGCAGCACCAUCACCAACAGACGGCCACCGGAAUUGGCGGCGGCAGCAUCACGUACUUGCAGCCCAUCGAGGGCCAGCAGUCGCAUCCCCACACCCUGGCCCAUGUCCAUGCGCUGCAGAAGCGGAGGCCGCGGGACGAGCAGGACACCGCUGUGGCGGGCAGCGAGCCCAAGGCGGCGGCUCCGGAGGAGGCGGAGAACGCGAACGUGAACGCGAAGGCGAAGGUGCAGUGAACGAACCCACGUCCUGUUUUAGUUAAAAUGUCCUUGUCUAGUUCGUAAGUAUUGUAAAAAUGUUUCAGCACUUCCUUAAUGUUAAAUUAUAAACCGACCAAUAAAA